GCGCUGCUGCGGCCGCCUCUUUCAGGUCUUAGGAGCCGCGGCGGCGACGGCGGCUUGGGGGAAGAUGGCGGCGACCUGGUGGCGAGUCGCGUUGUACGGGAGUCGGAGGUGGCGGGGCUUCAGCACCUCAGCCGCCCUGAGCCGCCGGACCGCUCCUCUGGGGCCCAUGCCCAACGAGGUCAUCGACGUGAGCAACCUGGAGCGGCUGAAGAAGUACCGCAGCUUCGACCGCUACCGGCGCCGGGCGGAGCAGGAGGCUCGGGACCCGCACUGGUGGCGGACCUACCGGGAGCAUUUCGGAGAGGAGUCAGAUCCCAAAGACAAGAUUGACAUUGGGUUGCCUGCACCUAAGGUCUGCCGGACCCAACAGCUGUUGGAGCGGAAGCGGGUCCUCCAGGCACUGCGGGCCAAUGUGGAGGAGGAACGGGCCGCUCGCCUCCGCACAGCACGCAUCCCACUGGAGGCAGUGAGGGCUGAGUGGGAGAGGACCUGUGGCCCCUACCACAAGCAGCGUCUGGCUGAACACUACGGCCUCUAUCGAGACCUGUUCCACGGGGCCACCUUCGUGCCCCGAGUCCCCCUGCAUGUGGCCUACGCUAUAGGCGAGGACGACUUGGUGCCUGUGUACUACGGCAAUGAGGUCACUCCAACUGAGGCUGCCCAGGCCCCGGAGGUGACCUAUAAGGCAGACGAGGGCUCCAUGUGGACACUGCUGCUCACCAACUUGGAUGGACACCUGCUGGAACCGGAUGCCGAGUAUUUGCACUGGCUGGUAACCAACAUCCCAGGCAACAGGGUGGCUGAAGGACAGGAGACGUGUCCCUACCUGCCCCCCUUCCCUGCCCGAGGCUCCGGCUUCCACCGCUUUGCCUUUCUGCUCUUCAAGCAGGACAAGCCAAUCGACUUCUCUGGGGACACCCGGCCCUCACCCUGCUACCAGCUUGCCCAGCGGACCUUCCACACUUUUGAUUUCUACAAGAAACACCAAGAUGCCAUGACUCCAGCUGGCCUGGCCUUCUUCCAGUGCCGCUGGGAUGACUCGGUCACCCACAUCUUCCACCAGCUCCUGGACAUGCGAGAGCCUGUGUUUGAGUUUAUGCGGCCGCCCCCUUAUCACCCUAAGCAGAAGCGCUUCCCCCACCGGCAGCCCCUGCGCUACCUGGACCGGUACAGAGACAGUCACGAACCCACCUAUGGCAUCUACUGAGUGGCUGGAGUGCCACCCCCCUCAGAGAGUGGACUGGGCCUCUCAGGCCACCCUGUCAGGCUCCACAGGCGGGAGCAAUAGAGACACAGUGCCAAGGGGGGCAAGCAUUGGGGUUCUCCGGCCUGCCUGAGGCAGCCCCUCUGCUGCCCUCCCAGCAGGCCCAGUGAAGAAGGCUGGGGAGUUGGGGGUAUGAAUAUAUUGAUUUUUGCUGUA